AUGCUGUGAGCGCUUGAUGUUUUACAACCCCCUUGAGUCUACGUGUGUAAGGAAGCACUUUCGAAUGUCGGGCCAGCUAUCUCUCCACCCCCUGAGUGCACAGUUGCAUUGACCCUCCCUGCUUGGUGGCCAUGUUCCUCCCACAGUGCCUGAGCAGCAGUCAUUGAGGGUGUCGGUUCUGGUUGGAGCAGAGGAACGUAUGGUGUGUGUGUGAGAUUUCCUUUUUCUGGCACAGUAGCAGGAUGGCAGUCGCAGUGGGCAGGCAGUCUUCACCCAGUGAUGACAUUCGAACACUCUCUAUGUCCGGCCAUGUUGGUUUUGACAGUCUUCCUGACCAGCUAGUCAACAAGUCAACAUCUCAGGGCUUCUGCUUCAAUAUACUCUGUGUUGGUGAGACAGGAAUUGGAAAGUCAACCUUAAUGGAUACUAUUUUCAAUACAAAGUUUGAAAAUGAGCCAGUGUCUCACAGUGAACCAGCAGUGCGGUUAAAAGCAAGAAGUUAUGAACUUCAAGAGAGCAAUGUGCGCCUGAAGUUAACCAUUGUGGACACAGUAGGAUUUGGGGACCAGAUAAAUAAAGAAGACAGUUACAGACCCAUUGUGGAGUACAUCGAUGCACAGUUUGAAGCGUACCUCCAAGAAGAGCUCAAGAUCAAGAGAUCCCUGUAUAAUUAUCAUGAUACUAGGAUACAUGCCUGUCUUUACUUCAUCGCUCCUACUGGACAUUCCUUGAAAUCACUUGAUUUGGUCACCAUGAAAAAGUUAGACAGUAAGGUAAACAUUAUUCCAAUAAUCGCGAAGGCAGAUACAGUUGCCAAAAAUGAGCUCCACAAAUUCAAAAGCAAAAUUAUGAGUGAGUUGGUUAGCAACGGGGUGCAAAUCUACCAGUUCCCUACAGAUGAAGAGACCGUUGCAGAGAUCAAUGCAACAAUGAGUGUACACCUGCCGUUUGCUGUUGUUGGGAGUACAGAAGAAGUCAAAAUUGGCAAUAAAAUGGCUAAAGCAAGGCAAUAUCCUUGGGGUAUUGUACAGGUUGAAAAUGAAAACCACUGUGACUUUGUGAAGCUCAGAGAGAUGCUUAUCAGAGUAAAUAUGGAGGACCUAAGAGAGCAGACACAUGCGAGUCACUAUGAGCUGUACAGGCGUUGUAAGCUGGAGGAGAUGGGGUUCAAAGACACAGACCCUGACAGCAAGCCAUUCAGUCUUCAAGAAACGUAUGAAGCAAAAAGGAAUGAAUUUCUGGGAGAGUUGCAAAGGAAGGAGGAGGAAAUGAGGCAAAUGUUUGUCAUGAGAGUAAAAGAAAAAGAAGCUGAACUCAAAGAAGCAGAAAAAGAUCUUCAUGAGAAAUUUGACCUCCUUAAGAGAACCCACCAGGAAGAGAAAAAGAAGCUAGAGGACAAAAAGAAAGAGAUAGAAGAUGAAGUGAACAUGUUUCAGAAGAAAAAAGCAGCAACACAGCUUCUCCAGUCCCAAGCUCAGCAGGCCAGCUCUCAACAAACCAAGAAAGACAAGGACAAGAAAAACACCUUGCCUUUUCUGAUACAUUCCAAGAAGUGGCGGCCUGUGUUUUCCUUUUGACCUCUGGAUUUCUUUCUUUCCUGAUGCUGUCUUGCCUGAUUCCCCUCUCCUCAUAGCUAGGUAGCCUCUCUUGUUUAUCCUCUUCUUAUGCUCACCAGAAGCAUGGUUUCCCUGCAUUACCCACACUGCCUGCAGCUGCUCGCUUCUUGGAAGCAAGUCAGCAUGAGUGCAUCCUAAAUGCAUCUCCCCUGCUUGGUUUUGCUUUUAAGGCAGAAUGACAGCUCACCACCCCUAUUCUUUUCACUGCUCAAACAUGGCUCUGGGUAGAGGGGCAUAUAGUCAGGGCAGCGAAUUGCGGAUGACUAAACUCUAUUUGCAGAUAUGUGCAGGUCCUGUUCACAGGCAAAGGUAGAAUUAAAAACAAGUGGGUGAGGCUUAACACCACAUGGAAAACCAGUUUCCUUACCAUGGGUUGCACUAAAUCACUCAUUAUGCUUUAAAGUCUUGCACUGACUGUUCCUUUUUGUGUGUUAUGUUGCUUUUUUCACAACUAACUGUGCAGCUUAAUUUUUGGUAAGAUCCUUGCCUUGGCAGAGCUGUAAUAAUUGUGCUAUUUAUAUCCCUAGGAUUUAACUUUGGAAGAGAAGCUUAAUUUAUAAAGAUUUUUGUACUAUACACAUGGUCAUAUUUCAGUCUAUGAUCUAAAGUUAUUUUUAUCCUGUAGAACAACAAAUCAUUAACUUCUGGCAGCCUCAUAUGGGCCAACCCUGUUGUGGUCCAUUUGUGGCUGUGCACGUGUGAUUUGUCCCAGAUGUGGAUGGCCAGAUUGUAGUCAUCUGGUAAUAGGGCCCCAGGCUAGAUCAGAUUGCAAAGAGAUUUUGGAAGAGUGGAUCUUUUAGUCAGUCAGUGAUCUCCAGUUUACACUGAGAGAGGCUAUCAGCAGACAGACCAGUGGCAAUGCUGUCUCUUUAGGGACCUACCCAUGGAGCAAAAACAUUUGAAUUGUCAUGUUGCUCCAUAUCUGGUCUGUGGAGCUGCUAGCCCAUUAAUGAUAAAGAACCUGCUUACUAAAUAUGACCUUUAUAUUCCCUGCACAUUUGCCUUCUAGACACAUUGUCAAAGUAUACAUCAGUACACAGCAAGCACAUUUUUAGUGGGGGGGGGGGGAUAUAGUAAAGAAACUUUACUGUAAAGAAACAUAGUAAUGUUGGGGAGCUAUCCCUGGGCCAUGUUUAGCUUGUUCCUGCUGCACCUCUAUGCCUUUCUUUCUGUAUCUAUAUUUUUCCACAGUAAUCCUUGGCUGUGCACAGAAUAAAAUGACUCCGUUCCAAUCCUUAUUGGAUGUGCUUUUCCCUCUCUGCAUGUAAGUAUAAUAGGUCCCAGAUUUUUUUAUUUGCGGAGUACCUUAUUGCUGGCAAUUACAAAUGAAUUCUGCUGAUGCUUGAAAUCGUGAGAGUUUAAAGAAAUUCUAAUGCUAAAUUACAAUUUGCGAUCUACACUGUAACACUGGCUGAACUUUUAUUCAGCUAAUGUAGCCAUUAGGCUUUCUUCUUUUCACAUCUUUUCUCUUCUUUUCACUUCGUUUUCACAUAUUCGUUCAGGAAUCCAUACAUUGUUUAGUUAUUUUGUUCAAUGAUAAUUGUUAUAAUAUUACAUCAUAUUUAACAGUGGUGUACAAUAGACUUUGAGUUUUAUUAACCAAGCUGAUACCAUACGUUUUGGUAAUGCCUCAAAGGAUCAUCAAAUAGUCUUGCAACCCUGAUACACGACAGUCGGUACUCUUAUCUAACUCAGCAACAAAAGUGUUACACGUGUUGUAUUGCUUUCACACUGGUCCAUAUUUUGUCCUUAUAAUAACGCCCAUUGUCUGAAGAUAUUGCCGUACAUUGUUGAGUACUACAUCAUGCUGAAUGAACGGCACGCAAAUUGUAUUUUAUUGUUAAAAUUUCUUGUGCGUCUUUUAUGUAUCUCAUCUUCAUUGGAGAGUUUGUGCUGCUCAUAGGAAAGCUAUGGCUAAAGUAUAUGUGUCUCUUAGGUGAAAGAACAUUCACAGUAGUCCUUCUUACAAGCAGGUGCCCUAAUCAACUAAAAAUACAACCUUUCUGUUAAAAUGACGUGUUCUGUGCAGUAUGUGUGUGAGAAAAUGCCAUCAGCAGCCAUCUGUAUAAAGCGGAUAUUUUGGGUACAGUUACCCAAUGAAAAAUAUAAACACAGUUUGCAAGGGAACAGCAUUGUUAGGCUUAAUACAAUGAAAAACAGUAGUUAUUUGAAUUAACCUAUUGUAUAAUGUGAUUACCAUAUCCAUUAUAUACUUAUUGCACUGACAUAUAGAAGUAGUGCAUGUUCAAAAAAACCAUAACCUUUUGCAUAUAGGAAACGUGCCAAAGAUUACAGCAUGUCCGCUAACUAUCUUGCGCUCCUUGCACUUCUUAAUGGGCUUAUCCACUCCCUGCUGGUUGUUUUGCCAGAAACCUUAACACACCUUCCGCUGUCCUCUUGAUCUCGUGCCUUUCUCCAGUAGCAAAUGUAAGUUACGGGUCGUCCCACUUCUCCAUUACCAAGAGCUGUCCACUUUAUUCUGUCUGUCUGGGUUUAUGUGCAGUAUGUUUGGGUUGGGUGUAUGCCAGCUGGAAUGUGUUUUCGUAACCCCUUCAACAAUAAGCUGUGAACAGCAGUAGGAAUAAUGUAUGUGAUACUUUUGUAUUUUUAUAUACCAUUUGCCUUAAAUGUUAGCUUUAGGGAAAUAAAUAACAAUGUAUUUAAUACAGCAUACCCUUAUCCAAUAUGUCUUUUUGUUGUUGUAUUGUUUGAACCAUUGCUAUUUUCCAUUCAGUGUUAAUGCAGUAUUAUAUGAUGUAUGCAUAUAGUAGGAACUUGUUAUGCAAUGUGUUUACUUUUUUUUAAAAAUUUGGUAUCCAAGCAUUUCAUGUUUAAACUACACAACUUAUCUUGAAAAAAAACAACUUUUUGUAUGUUAGGACAGAGGACGUAAAAAAAAUUCCUGCAACCGGAAAAAUAUACAUUUACCCCCAACUUAA